GACCGUAGUUCGCCUGAGAGUAUCGGCUGUCAAAUUAUGAGAACGUAUCAUUCUUAGUGGUACAAUGUUUGUUAAACAAUAUAAUAUUUUUGUUUCAAAAUCAGAAGGAGACAUAAGAAAUAAAGAUAUGGAAUUGGAUAAAAAAUGGUAUUCUGCACCUUUAAGUGAUGGCUUUUGUUUAGGAGUAAUUGAUGGGCACGGUGAUCCUGAGGUUGUUGAUUUUGUUUAUAAAAAUUUUAUAACUUACAUCGGAGAAGAGAAUCUGAUCAGCGAAGAAGUCAAAAAAACAUUAGAAGCGAUUAACAAUGGAUUCAUAAGAAUGCUAGAGGCUUUAAUACUGAAAUUUGAUGAGAACGGUAAAAACGGAUCUGAGAUUGGCUUGUCACUUAGUGUAGCAAUUGUAAAGUUGAACAAGAUUUUUUUUCUGAAUUUUGGAAAUAGCAAGAUUGUUUUAGGAAUUAAAGGCAGUCAAAACGAUUGGGUAAGCCAAACCCUAACAAGAGAAAACAAUUCCAACAAUGUGGGUCUGCUUAAUGGAUUGAACGAGAUUAAAAAUCUGCAAAAUCUUACAGAUAAAGAAAAGACAGCCAUAUCUUUUCUUCCGAACGUUACAGUAAUAAAUGUUGAUAGUAGGAAAAGAUGUUUGGUUUUAGCCACAAGCAAUUUUUGGAGUGCAAUCAAUUCCACGGAAGCUGUAAAAGCUGUCCAAACAGAAGAAGAAAGUAGAGAUCUCUAUUUAUACAAGGACAAUAACAAAUAUAUAUUUCGAUUUGAGCGAAAUAUAUCAUCAAUUUUAUGUACUGAUGCGCUUGAAAAGUUGUCUGUUUUAAGAAAGGGUAGUAAUGAUAUGAUCGUUACAACUAUGGUAUUUAAUAAACGUAAUAGUUCCUCAACAAACGGAUACAAUUCAUCAAAUUUAAAAAAUGCUAAAUACGUGACAAUGAAAGAUAAGAGCAAAUUAAACAAUAACUGCGAACUUAAUCAACUUUGCCCUAUUGUCGAAGAUGGAGUCUUUAAAAAACCACAACCCAUUUGUACAUCUCGCCUUGUUACUAAGCGAAAAAUAGAAGUCGAUGAAGAAAGUACGUCACACCAUAAAAUUCUCAAAACAUAGCCUUUCAAAGUAAUUUAUUUUACGAAAAUUUCAUCUUUUUGAUACUUUUUGAGGCGAAGUUUUAAAAUCGUAAUUUUAAAACAAUUAUAAUAAUAAUUAAGAUUCAAGAAUAAAAUUAAGUAUUCUAAAGAUUAGAAUAUACAAAAUUGUAGCUUCCCGUUACAUAAAUGUAAUACAUAAACUACAUAUUUCAAUAAAAUUUGAAAAAUUA